AUGGGUAGCUUAUUCUCACGCGAGCCCGUGACAGUGUCGCCACUGACGCACCACUUUCAAUCAACAACACAAGCUGGAACCCUUGUUUACGUGGCAUUGUCCAAGAAGAAGCACCGCGUGAACCCGAUCACAGAUUCCAGACGGCUCGAUAGCUCUACAUUUUUUGGUCUCAAAGUUCCUUUCGAAGAUAUUGAGAUUGAGAGUCAAAUUGGCACGGGUACCUUUGGUGUCGUGUACAAGGCGUUCUACAAAAGGAAGCACGUAGCGCUGAAGCGACUACUGGCUCAGCGAUAUUCUGCAAAGACUGUCCAAGACUUUAAGAACGAGUUAUCCAUUCUUUCCAUCUUGCAACAUCCUAACAUUGUGAUGUUCCUCGGUGCCGUGUUGGAGCCACCGACGCUGUGUCUUCUGACGGAGCUUUGUGCUGGCUCAUUGGUAGAUCUUCUUCGACUUGCUCGCAGUAAACAGCUAAAUAUCACGUGGGGACUCACGCUCGAGAUCGCGUUGGACUGCGCAAAAGCGUGCGCCUACCUCCAUGCGCUUAAUCCAGCAGUCCUUCACCGCGAUAUCAAGGGAGAAAAUCUUUUGAUCACGGAAGAUUUUCGCUGUAAAUUAAGCGAUUUCGGCCUCUCGCGCAGUCUCGACAAAAACACCAAUGCACAGACAAUGUGUGGCACGCCGCGGUGGCUAGCACCGGAGGUUUUCCGAGGCGAAGACUACUCUGAGAAGAUCGAUGUUUACUCCUACGGAAUCGUACUAUGGGAACUCUUCUGUUUCAAGAAGCCGUAUCUGGACAAAGAUGCAAUCAACUUAGCCUACCUCGUAGCCCAUGAGGAUCUACGUCCUGGGCUUUUACCUCACAUCCCCGAAAUUUUGCACCGAAUCAUGAAAGCGUGCUGGGAUCCUGACCCGGUUCAACGACCUUCCUUCAGUACGGUAAUCUUCCUUAUCGAGGAGGCUAAGAACGUCGUUCCAUUAGGACUGGCAAUCGACCUCUCCAAGAGCUUUUCAGAAGCGACAGCAGUGCAGCGACCGAUACCAUCAAGACCGACCGCAAGGAGAAAUUACGGGCUAACGUCCGGUAUGAUAUAG